UGAUUGGCUGUCCCACUAUCCCGUUCUGAUUGGCUGUCUGCUACGCUUCCUGUGCACCGAAACUUGCUGGAACCAUAAACAUCCGUCCUGGAUGGUCAGACUUCGUUUCCUGUAUGUGCAGCCAGUGAUCUCAUUGUGAGAUAUUAUUAUUAUUAUAUAGAGAUUCCUGGCGGGAGCUCAGCGCUGGACUGAGCAUGACAUCCACAAAGCAAAAGACAUCAAGAAGUAAAGAUGAUGCCCCUCACGAGUUAGAAAGUCAAUGUAUUCUAAGACUCCCACAGGAAUAUGCAUCCACUGUCAGAAGAAUGGUUCAGGCUGGGAAUGUCAAUGCCAAAGAUCGACUAUCUAUUGAAUUACAUCCGGAUGGACGUCAUGGGAUUGUUCGUGUGGACCGCGUUCCCCUGGCAGCCAAGCUGGUUGAUGUCCCCUGCGUUUUAGAGUGUAUGAAAACUAUUGACAAGAAAACUUUCUACAAAACUGCAGAUAUCUGCCAGAUGUUGGUAUGUACCGUGGAUGGUGAUCUAUAUCCUCCCUUGGAAGAACCAACAGGCACAAGUGACCCAAAAGCAAGCAAAAAGAAGGACAGGGACCGAGAAAAGAAAUUUAUUUGGAAUCACGGAAUCACACUUCCCUUGAAGAAUGUUCGAAAGAGGCGCUUCAGGAAAACUGCCAAAAAAAAGUACAUUGAGUCACCUGAUGUGGAGAAAGAAGUGAAACGUCUCUUGAGUACAGAUGCAGAGGCUGUCAGUGUGCGUUGGGAAGUGAUUGCUGAAGAUGAAUCCAAAGAGGUGGAGAAUCUGACUGCAUUGGAUGGCUCCCCAGGAAUGUCUGGAAUCAAACCUGGCCGUGGGUCUUCAGUGGAGAGGGAUGAACUACGGGAGAUCUUCAACGACAUUAGUAGCAGCAGUGAUGGUGAAGAGGAGGAGGAGGAGCGGGAGAGACAAGAGGAAGAAGAUCUAAAUAUCAUGGAGACUGAAGAGGAGCAAAGGGGACACCAGGACGGCCAAGAUGGGGGCACUAAUCAAAUGGCUCUGGAAUUGCAGAAACAAGUUGAGAAUUUACAGAAAAAAUUGCGUGAGACCCAAGAGAGAAGGAAGAGACAGGAGGAGCUUAUAAUGAAAGUGGAGAAUGUAGCUCUGAAGACUCGCUUGCAGGCUGUGCUAGAUGAAUUCAGACAGCAAGAGGACAGAGAAAAACAACAGGUGACUUCUUUCCAAGAACAGCUCGAGGCUUUGAUUGAGAAAUGAAAACCACAUGACAUCCAUAGACUCGUCUUUUUGAAGCUCCCUGUUUCAUGAUUGAGAUUUAAGAGGUUAACUGCCCAUACUGGAGCUUGAAUGUCAAAAAUGAAUAUCUCUGUGGGAUAUGACAUUCCAACACAUGCAUUCUAUGUUGGACCAUUCAGCAAAAACGUACCAGUACAGUAGACUCAAGCUUGGCUGUCAGCAUUUCAGAUCCGGUGUGCUCAAAGCAACUGCAUGUUAGCAAGGCUGCAACGUUGGAAGGCUAAUUGGUCCAUUGAAAAAUGAGUACAAGAUAAUCUGUAACAUUCAUAAACAUCCACCUAUUUAACCUUUUUAUAAUAAACAAUAAAUACCUAAAAAUUGCCUACUUUUUAUGUAGCAAUAUAAAAAUCUAAGGGACAUAUUUAUACGCUACCAUAUCCCACAGUGUUCCAGUACAAACAUCUUUCAUUCAUUAACAGCUCUGUACAAGUUGUAACCCAUUUAGACUUGGUAAAACAUGAUUUCACCUACAUCAUAGGAAAUAGCUUUUCACAUAAAAACAAUAAAGAUGUGGAAUUUU